AAGACUGUAACACUAAGGGCCCUUUCACACCAAACGAAUCCGAAUCAAUCAGAAUCACUCCGAAUCAAGUUGAAUCUGAUUGACCAAGAUUCGGCUUCGAGCGCUCCGUUUAAAUGUGAAGGGACUCUUUUCUCGCCUUCAGACCGGACGAAUCUGGUUCAAUCAGGUUUGAUUCGAGUUCGCACUUGAUUCAACUUGUCAGAUUCCUCGUCCAGUCAGUCUUGAAUCAACAACCAUACGAGAUGGACGUGGAAUUAUUAAUUUUAAAAGUUAAAGAAAAUAGUGCGAUAAGACGCCAGAUAAAAAUCACAGCAACAGAAAUCUCAUAUCUUCUGUGUGGAGGAAAAUUGGCGAAGAAUUAAACAUUCCAGAUUAUUACAUCAUGCAAUAUUUUUCGGCAUCUUUGAUGAUCCUUAUUUGUUUGACCUCACAGAGAAGUUUCGUAGAUACAGCUCCAGCAAAAUUCUCCGAAAAUGUAGCAAGAGAAGAUAAUCUAUCACAAGUGGACAAAAACGUCAAAGAGCUUGAAAGUCUGAAGCAGUCUUUUGGAAAACUUGGGAAAACACUAGAUUUGAUUAAAUCUCAAUCAUCGGAAUUAACGAACUUGAAUGGAGAAAAGCAAUUACACUCUGAAACAAAGGAAGAAAUACAACAAGAUGGUCAAACUGUCGCGAAAGUAAGUCAAAAUGUGGAAACGUUGUAUGAGAAGAACAAACCGAGGACCAAAAUUAAAACGCAAUUAGAUGUUCCAGUACAAGGCGUCCAUAAAACAAUUUUGCAGUCGCUUCCAGAUAAUGAUCCAAAAAAAGUUGAAAUGAGACGUUCCAGCUCCAAUCUUAAUCUAUUAACAGACGUCGAGAAAGGUGAUACAAAUGCGGGAAUUCGAUAUUCUCCACUGGAUGUUGCAAAAUAUAUAUUUUGGACAGGAGAUGAAAAGGGAGUGACUUCAUCUAUCGAAGAGUUUUUACGAGAAGAUAUAAUGACAGGAGAGGAAGCUUUAACAUUUUUACAAGAAGUUAAAUACAAUUUAGAUAAAUUGAAAAAUCGAUACAUUCAAAUGGGAUUAAGUUCUCUACAAAAUUCAAAGAUCACGGACGACCAACCAUUGCAAUUGGGUCUUAAUACAAAGCUAACAGUAUAUGAUAAGCCGGAAUUGAGAAGUGAUUUCAAUAUCAAACAACUUCGGAAGGAAAUUGACAAUUCUCAGACAGUAUCUCGAAGUAAUAUUGAUUCUUCUCAAUCAACUAAAACCACCGAAGAAGACUACGAUGAGCUGUUGGAACGUCUCAGAGUAGCUGAUUUCCUCUACACUGAAUACUCCUUGGAAGAUGUUAUAUACCAGUUAGCUAAAGUAAUGUUUACACAAAGUUUAACAAGAGGAAGCGCUGAAGCUCAACAGGCACUACAAAAAUUCACCAACUUUUUAGAAGCUGAAGCUGAACAGGGUCAUAUAACCAGAGCAUUAGAGAAAAAAGUGCUCGAUAUAUUAAUUGCAUCAUUAUCCGACACUUUGAACGAACAUCCAGAGCUUUUAAUAGAUGCCCGUAAUAGUAUGGGACCAUCAGCAACACCUGAUCAAGGUCAUAAUUUCAUCAGAAAAGUGUUGAAAUCAAAUCUAGAAAACACAAGUUUACUAGACUUAUAUGAAUACAAAGAAAAUGCAAAAAAUAAACUGUUGGAGCAGAAGAAAAACAAAUUGCCAAAUUAUUUGCAAUUUGAUUUCUCUAAAUACAAGUUGACUUAAGAGAAGCCUUCACAGUAAAACAUAUUAUUUGUAAAAUGAAUUGUAAUAAGUGAAAUUGGCUUUAUUCUCUUUAUUUAAACACAUGACUAUUUUAAAAAGUCUUCAGCAACUGUACCUAAUUAUAAUAAUAACAGGUCAACGUUCUCUUAAGGCAGAAUUGUUCGAUAAGAAGCAGAAUUUCAAAUUAAUCAUAAAUAUAACCCAAACACUCUAGCUGGUGGCUUCAAAUUUAACGUGACUAGUACACACUGGAAUUAAUUACAUAGAAUCUAUACUGGGUAGUUAUUAAACCCGAGAUUCAGUAACUAAAUGGAUAUAAAUAGUGCAUUGUAAGUUUUCUCAUUUCAAAAGUAACAAAUGUAUUAAUGAAAUAAUUAGAUUUCUAGAUAUCUUAUAAACUUUCUCCAGUCAUUGAAUGGGAAAUAUACCAGUUAGAUAUUCAAUUUAAAAUACAAACAAUAUAUAUAUAUAUAUAUAUAUAUAUAUAUAUAUAUAUAUAUAUAUAUAUAUAUAUAUAUAUAUAUUAAUGCAUCUAAAUAUUUUUGAUUUUAGGUCACUUCUGUUUUAAAAUUGAUAAAAUUGGUUUGUUUUUUAAUUUUUAAAAGAAAGAUAAAUUUUGACGUUUCGACUUUUCUUUAAGUCUUUAUGAUAUUUUGAUAAAGACUAAAGAAAAGUCGAAACGUCAAAAUUUAUCUUUCUUUUAAAAAUUAUCAGAUGCAUUAAUACAUCAAAAAGAAAUUAAAGAAAUUUAUAUAUAUAUAUAUAUAUAUAUAUAUAUAUAUAUAUAUAUAUAUGGGAAUACCAUAGAAGUACACCAUAAAUUAAAAACUUCAUAGCUUCAUAGAUACACACCUUUAAUAGGGUUAUGUAAUGCAAAUACUGGAUUGGAGUUCCUAGCUAGUCUAUUGUCCUGUCAAUCGAAUAUAUUUUCUUAUUCCUUUAUUUUAUAAAAAAUAAAGCAGAGUCAAAUAGACAAUUGUAUCAAAAGUACCUAAUAAUUCGCUUCCAAGCCACACCGACCCCUAAAAUUCACAUUACAUUCACAUUCACAAAUAUAUAUUGCCCUAAGCCAAUAUUACCAAAAAUAUUAGUCAAGUAAAAUAUAUAUGGUUCACAAUUGUUCGGAUUUUUUCCAACACUGUACACUGCUUUGUACCAAAUUAUUGAUAAAUUGUAUAAGUUGGUACACGUUACACAACUUAUACGUAUCUGAACUUGUGUCGAUUUUUAGACCUCGUCAAAAUAUUAAAAUCAGUUUUAGUUUAUAUCGUUAAAUCGAUUUCAAUCCCAAGACGCUUGGUAAUCCCUGACUUAACCUUCCUAAUAGUUACUAUAUAAUAGCUUAUUUUUGUGUGAAACGUCACUAGGAGCCAUUCAUAUGGUCACCUACAUGAAACCAUCCAAGUGGACAGGAUCGACCGUUUUUAUUGCGAUCCAGCAUAUUGAAACCUAUUUGAAAAAUUAAAAUGCACAGAUAUACUUGUGAAAUGAAAAUCUUUUCACUAUUGGUUCAUUCUAAAAAGUUGUGCAGUUUAAUCACAUACAUCAUUUUUCUAAGUUAAUUCCUAAAGCCUUUAUGACUGCAAUGAUUCGUCUGGGCAUAUUUCUGAUAAUGUUGGCGAUCAUUUGUUGAAAACUUUUUUCAUAUUUUAACUAAAACAGUUUUCUACGAAAUUUAGGACAGCAGAACUCCUUGAUCUAAAUUGUCUGAUAAGCAUAUUUCAAAAAUGGUCUAUUGAAAUCACGUCCCGAUAAUAAUCAGACGAAUUCAUUGUUAUAAUUUAUACUUAUUCAGUUAUAUGUACGCAUAAGUAGAGGUGUCAUACACACUACGACCCAAAAAAUCUAUUAUUUCCCUUUUUCUUCUGGUGGUGGAUGCUCAGAGAGUACAGUUAAUCUAUUAAUCCCACUUCUCUGAGAAAGUUUAAGAUUUGGGAUGACUCCAGCUACCCAAGAUUUUUAUUUUCUAUAUCAUAUAUCCUCAGGUGUAGUGCCCUGGAGAAUGUGGAUAGAGGUUUCGUCAUCUAUGUUAACAGAAUCUGCACAUUGCAUCCUCUACUAGACCUAGAGUCGCCACUAACAAAGCAAUGCCCCGAAAAAACUGCUUUAUAUUCGUGUAUUAUUCUUACUUAUAUUGAUACAUUACCUGAUUCAAAUAUAUGGUGCUAAUAUCUGGUAUACCUGCCGUGAACGUAAAAUAAACUACAAUAUUUAUUACUUAUUUCAAACAUAAUACUAUAAGGAUUUAGAAAAGGUAAUAAUCUUAGUUUUAACAGCUACUCAUGAAAAUAUGCCCAAUAUUGUGAAUACUUCAACUACCUAGAUUUAUAUUGCUCGGGUAUACCUAUGAAUCACCUAGUCCAACAUAAAUUUAGCCUCUCGAUAUUCCUUUAAAGUCGUUGAAAAUGCAAACAAUUCGGGAGUGAGUAGAUGACGUAAAAAUAAUGCUGUGACAUUAAAAAAAUUUCUCAUACGACUCCUCUGAAUUAUAGGCCUUUAAAGUUGCAAAAUCAGAACUUAUAUUUAAUAUAUUCUAAGUCUAAGAAAUAAGAAAUUGAAGAAAGAAAUUUAUAUGUAUAUAUAUAUAUAUAUAUAUAUAUAUAUAUAUAUAUAUAUAUAUCCUAAGUCAUGAUUUUAUCUAAUCAAAUAAUGAAAUAAUGAGUACUUUUUUAUUAAAAAUUUAUUAAAAAUCGAUUGAAAAAUUCAUUUUUGCUAUCUUUAGAUUGUACAGGUUGUUCGUGUAAAAGUUACGGGUUUUUAACCAUUGGGCAUGACGCAUGAGCCUCCCAUGGCUUUCAGAUAGUAGUGUAGAAUUAUAUAUUCCAUCAAACACACUACGUGGACAAACGUAAUCAUAUUUUAAAAUUUCAUAAUGUUCGAAUGUAUAUUUUAAAACAUAUUCUAAAUAUAAGUUCUGAUGUUGCAACUUUAAAACCUCAUAACUCAUAAGAGAGGGAUCGUAUGAUAAAAUUUUUUCCAUAUUACAGCAUUUUUUUCACAUCAUCUCACACCCGAAUUUUUAUCAUCAAGUCGCGGAACCCCUGUCUCAGUAGCUCUGUCAAAUGAACAUGAAAAAACUUGACAAUAUGUAUCUAUGAAGUCUUUAAUAAAUGUGGUUUAUGGUAUUUAAUCUAUGAUCUUACGAGAAUCAGUUUUAUGUAAAAAAAUACGUAAUCCAGGUAUGUGCAUUCCCCCAAUUUUAACUCUCAAGUAAUAUUACCACAUUCAAUAUAUUUUGGAAUAUUUUAUUUCUCAUAAAACGAAAUUUUAAAAAAUAUAUUCCUAGAGAAAAGUUGCAUUUUACUCAGAGUACUCUAAUAAAACUUAGUGUAACAACUAAAGGAGUAUUGUUUUGCAAUCUUGUAGGCUUCACAAUUUUUUCUCAAAUCACCAUUUAAAAAAUGUAUAUAAGUAUAUAAAUUGCUAUAUUUGGAUACAUAACUUCUAGUUUCAAGUGCUAUUACAAGAUUAUGAUGAAUUCCAAUAUGUCUCAGAUAUUUUCUAUUGACUAACAUAUCUACUUAUAUUGAGUUUUCCCAUACCAAUAAAUUCAUCAUAAAUUAUUAACCUAUCAAAUUCAACUCAAAACGUUUAUCUUCUUUAUAUACAUUUAAGACAGAACAUAAACUCCUCCAAGUAGCAAUUUAUAUAGUGUGUUCAUUCAAUCCACUAGAAUAAUCACAUAAUUAAAUGAUACAAAGCAACCAUACUUCCUUUCAAAGGACCAAGAAUAUAAAUUCCGACUACAUAUAUAACAGCUUUGUGUAAUAACCCUACUUAUAUAUUUAAUCGAAAUUGUAAAAAACUAGAAUCAAUUAGUUCCCACUAGAAUAAUUUGACUGAGACUGUAAGUGUUGGAAAAUGUAUAUAAAAUAGAGGUUAUAAGCAUAACAAUUUAAUAAAAUUAUAAAAGCAAA